GGCACUUUCACUUCUUCCCGCGCUUGCAGAAGAACACACACAAUCAUGGAUCACCUGUAGCCAGCUAUUACCAUAAGAGUCGAGUCAAGGCAGACCCACCACUCCCUCGCAAAGAUCAACGUGCUUUUCUCUUCACGAACUACAGUACAAGAGAGUGAUAUUGGAUCAGGUAUAUAGUUCAGUGAAGUGAUCAUGCUCAGCACAGUCCACAAGCAGACGGGUGACAUUGUCGACAAAACGAUGGUGGUACCCACACGACGGCUCUCCGAGUUGGUGACGGGUAUCAGCGCUCGGAGCCUUUCUGUCCUUCGUCUCGAGGGAAGCACCACCAAGCGUGUGAGAUUUGCUUCUAUGAAAGAAGAGCGACACGAAUACCCCGCUGCCGUCAAUCUGGUAGACUCCACGGAAGAGCUCUGGUAUUCGAUGCAUGAUAUUCAAGCUGCCAUUGCGGAAGAUGCGGACGCUAUCCGGCAACAGGAAGAAGCGAAAUCAGGUGAAGACACACUACAAGUAGAGCCAAGGGGACUGGAGUUUUAUACGGGAGAUCAAACGCAACGAGCACAAGCCGUGACGCGCUACAUCCGCACAAUCAUCAGCAAGACACAUCAAAACACCAAGUUCUCCACUCAAAAGCUCAUCAUGACGGGAGGCAAAAAUGGGUAUGUCAUGGAGGGAGACAGUAAUGGGAGUAUCUCGCGGUAUUCCUUUCAGGUGACAGCCUCUGCAAAGGACAUGGCACAUCGACUGGCUGUCGAAGACGAAUUGGAGGCACGUAGAAUCUACUUGGAGGAUGGUGUCGUGGCUUCUUCGUCAGGCAUUUUCUUAAUCAGUGAAACUAGCGACACCAACGGGACAGCAGCCAGAACUGGGAGGGAUGAUGGACCCCGCUGGUCGAUCACAGCCAAGGUAACAUAUUGAGGCUUCCAUUCUCGUGUCCGGUACUUUGGAAUCACGUCAGCUUUUGCCAUCAAGGGCGCAGUCUCGUUGGCAUCAAACACGUCAAGAACUAAAUGUAGCACUACUGUAUCUCUGAAGAUCUUCCGGCCAUGUAUUGGGCAACAAAUAGAAGUGACGGGGGGUCGCACCGAAACUCGUUGGAUCAUCUCAUCUCGACUCUCGACGCAAAAAAUGCUUUUGGAGCAGUAUCGAAAGAGGAGGGUGGAGUCCUUCAUAUCAGCACUCCCUGCGACAAGGGCGUUGUCCAAGGACAUGAAUGGCUAUCGUACGUGGGUGUGACGAUGCAGCAAAAUCAAGUCGAAUCGGCACUCGAGAAAGUGACCAAGAGUCUGGAGAAAGGUGGAUUCGAGCAGUUCCCUAACCAUUUCAUGCACGGAACAACAGGAAACAAAUUGCAGCUGAUAUGCGAACUCGAGGGAUGGCAUUACGUUACAUGUAUAAGCGGCAUAGCAAGGUCGGGAUGGCUUGGGUCUCUCACAGUAUGGAUGAAGCCAUCAGCUCCCUCAAGUUUGGCCUGCAGCUAUGUUGGAAAAAUGAAUACUAAGUAGAUACGUUAAGGAGCGAGGGGGCGCUAAGCUAGGCAGAGCAGCGGCUGCUGCGGUGGUGGG